GGAUGAUUAAUCAAUUUGUCAAGUUUCCGUGCCUGGAAUUAACAAUAUAGUCAUUUCAAUAGAUUCAUGUUUGCACAUAAUGCUUAUAGAUUUACACGCUAUUUUUUCAGCAAUAAAAUAACAAUCAAACGCCAAGCCUUUGUGAUUCAUGGCAAUCAACUGUUUUCAAAGAGCAAUCUCGGGAUGUGAAAGUAGUAAAUUUCCGUGAAUAGAAGACUCUGUAUCAGUCGUCACAAAUACGGCACAUAUAUAUUUGAUCAUUAUGAUAAUACUUAUGAAAAAGUUUUGAAUUAAAAAAAGUGCGUUCAAAAUGGACGCCAGGAUUUACGUUCCAUUAUGUUGCACUGUACUUGUAGUGUUCGUUGGAGAUGCAUCUGGCUCAUGUGGUUCAUUGGCAAUAAUAAAGCCUACGUUUGUGAACAGAACCGUUACCUUGAAAUUUAUCCCUCGUCAUCGAGGGAUCUCAAACAUUGCCUGGAAGUACACUAAUGAGCGGGAUGUAACAAGAGAACAUACAGUAAAAUGCGUCGAGGAACAUUUUCAACAACAUGUUGAGGACGGGCCAUACUAUCAUACUAUGAUUUUCAUUGCAAAUAAACAUCACAAUAAUUCGAAAUUUCAUGUUCAAUGUAGCGAUGCAAAAGGCAACUCUUCAUCAAACACUGUGAAGCUACACUUGAAUGAAAUCAGGUCUGCGUGUGGCAAUCUGGUGCUACUUUCCCCGGAAAUAAAAUAUGGAACAAAUGUUGAAAUAGCUUAUUACCCUUCUGACCUUACAUUGGCCAAAGAAAACCCUUCGUACAAUGAACGUUCAUGGUUGAAGUUGAAAGGGUUCUUAAGAGAGGCCGUGCAUCUUCGAAACGACACUUAUGAAGAGAGGAAAAUAUCUGAUUAUUUGUACACUCUAACCAUCUACAAUUUUAUUGAGAAUAAAGCUGGGCCUUACGCUUUAAAAUGUGGAUAUACACUUGAAGACACCACAAACCGGUUAGACAUACAUGUGACAGAUAAGCCGCUUAUUGGACCAAUAUUGGAUGAUUGCGUUUACGGCAAUGCAGACACUAUCAUAUAUUGCAACACAAGUCGUACGACAGGAAAACCCCGUGUGACCUUUUCCAUUGGAAGCAAAGUAGUUACAAUGCUAGAGAACGAAAAACAUCGAGGAGUAUAUACAGUUGUACUAGACUCAGACACUUGGAGGGACAAUGACGAUCAUAUUGUAACUUGCAAGGUCUCUAACGAUGAUUAUGUACACGACCUGAACAGUUCAGCAAAAUUGUGUUACAUGGAGAAAGGCUCGGACCCUUUUUUGAUCAUGCCAGAAUACAUCUACGAUGAAAAUACAACAGUUGGUUGCGAGGUGUCAAAUGUACGACCACCGGAGGUGAUUGAAAUAUUGGUAGACAACCAAGCCAUUGAUGCUAUUCAAAAAGACUUAUUAAACGAAACGUCAAAAACAUUCGUCAGUAAAGCCUCUAUAUCUAUGAUAGACAAGCAUUGGAAUGGAAAAGAAAUAUGUUGCCGUCGAAAAUCUACAAUUUACGGAAAUGUGGAAGCCACCUGUAAAACAUUCAACAUAAAGUAUUCGCCGACUGAACUGAUCAUGAAAGCCACAUCAGCUUCAUCUAACUCCACCAGACAGUCCAUUAAUGUUUCUUGUUUUACAACGGAAUCUAAUCCUCCUUGUGGUGUGAAUUUGUCAACCAAUACCACACAGUUGGUGAACGAAUCCUCAAAGGUUUGGAAAGAAAAUACGACUAUUGGAUUCAAGAGCUAUAUAAAUGCUACUUUUUCGGCCGCAAUGAUGGUUGGCAUAGGAAUAAUCAAUUGCUUUACAACUUGCGACGAAAACUUGUCCAAUUUGGACACUAACCUUACAAUAGAUCUUCCAAGGCAAGGUCAAACUCUUAAUAUUUCCAUUUAUAAAGUAAGGAAUGGCACAACGUAUUUUGAUUGCACAACGGGCGAAACCCGUGGCAUAUGCAACGAGAAGAAAUGCCCGCGAAAUACAACUGAAGCGACCGACGACUGGAUAAUUAAAUGCGAACGAACUAAUGCUUCUGAAAAUGGAACUAAACCACGCCAUGAGUCUGUUGCAGGCGACAUCAGUACCCGGUCGUUCAAGCUUCCACUGCAACCAAUAUUGAUAGGAACUGGAGCGUUUGUUGCUCUCGGUCUAUUCGUUGCGUUAGCAAGAACACUGGUCGGGUGGCGUAAAGGUAAAGGUGGCAUCAGGACUCUGGACAAUAAAGAUGUCACACCAUCAGCGAUCGAAGCUGCCCACUCUCUUGAUACAAAUGAAUAUGUAGAAAUGCCUGAAACAUCAAUGCAUAUGAAUGCCUCUCACGAUUUGGAAGAUGAUUAUGUGGAAUUGAAGACACGGGAAGACUCCACGAUGGCGCGGAAGCCAAUCACAGCUAUUGAGUCAAAGCAUGCGAAAAGCGGUCUGAUUUACGCGGAUCUGGACAUUGACCAUCUACAGAAAGCCUUUGUCGGUCCGAUACCUGGCCCACGACCAAACAGACGAAAAGAAGCAACGGUGUAUCAAGAUAUAGACUUUUCUAACACAAAACCUGCGAGGCCUCACUAAAUGUAUUAAGAUACGUGUAGUAAUGCGUAGAUUGUGUCAUGACUCUGGCGAAACAAGAUGACUUACAUUGCUUAAAAGUAUAUGGCGUAGAUUGUGUUAUGACUGUUGCAAAAUAGGAUGACUUUAUUGCUAAUAUGUAUAUGGCGUAGAUUGUAAUAUGGCUGUUGUAAAACAGGAUGCCUUUAUUGCUUAUAUGUAUAUGGCGUAGAUUGUGUUAUGAUUGUUGCAAAAGAGGAUUACCCCAUUGAUAAUAAUAUGUAUAUGGCAUAUAUUGUGUAAUGACUGUUGCAAAACAAGAUGACUUACAUUGCUUUUAAGUAUAUGGCAUAGAUUGUGUAAUAUCUAUUGUAAAACAGGAUGACUUCAUUGCUUACAUGUAACUCGUGUAGAUUGUGUAAUAGACUAAUGACAAUUGCAGAACAGAAUGACUUCAUGGCUUAUAUGUAAAUCAGGUAGAGUGUAUUAUGACUUAUGCAGAACAAGAUGACAACAUUUCUAAUAUGUUAAUCGUGUGGAUUGCAUUUUGACUGAUGCAAAGCAAUAUGAAAACAUUGAUUAUACGUUAAUCGCCUAGAUUGUCAAAUGACUGUUGCAAAAACCGGUGGACUUUAUUCCUUAUAAUAUUAUGUUAACCGCUUAAAUUUUGAAAUGACUGUUGCAAAUAGGUGAAUCGCUUAUAUUGUGUAAUGACUGUUGUGAACAGGAGGAUCGCACUACUUAUAUAUAAACCGCUUAUAUUGUGUAAUGACUGUAGCAAGCAGUUGGACCGCACUACUUAUAUGUGUACCGCUUAUAAUGUGAAAUGGCUGUUGCAAACAGGAGAAUCGCACUAUUUAUAUGUACACCGCUUAUAUUGUGUAAUGACUGUAGCAAGCAGUUAGACCGCACUACUUAUAUGUAAACCGCUUAUAUUGUGUGACGGCUGUUGCAAACAUGAGGAUCGCACUACUUAUAUGUAAACCGCUUAUAUUGUGUAAUGACUGUUGUAAACAUGAGGAGCGCACUACUUAUAUGUAAAUCGCUUAUAUUGUGUAAUGACUGUUGUAAACAUGAGGAGCGCACUACUUAUAUGUAAACCACUUAUAUUGUGUGACGGCUGUUGCAAACAUGAGGAUCGCACUACUUAUAUGUAAACCGCUUAUAUUGUGUAAUGACUGUUGUAAACAUGAGGAGCGCACUACUUAUAUGUAAAUCGCUUAUAUUGUGUAAUGACUGUUGUAAACAUGAGGAGCGCACUACUUAUAUGUAAACCACUUAUAUUGUGUGACGGCUGUUGCAAGCAGGAGAAAAGCACUACUUAUAUGUAAAUCGCUUAUAUUGUGAAAUGACUGUUGCAAAAAGGAGGCUCGCACUGCUAGUAUGUAUAUAAACAAAUUAUGAUGACUAUAUUGCUUAUAAGUAAAACGCGUAGAUUGCGUGUUGACUGAUGCACAGCAGCAUGACUUCAAUGCUUACAAAGUUAAACCCAAACAUUGUGUAAUGCACGUGAAUACAUAUGUCUAUAGUUAAGAUUGCGUAAUGACUGUUGCAAUCCAGGAAGACAAAAUUGUUUAUAUGACAAACGAUCGUAGAUUGGGAUUCUACUGUGGCAAAACAAUUAGGACUGGCUACCUGAGAAAACGUGUUAAAUGUGUAUUAACGGACACGUGGAAGUACAGGUUAUAUAAUCUUCAGGAUGCAUACUAUAAUAUCUAAACUCAUUAUCAAAAUCAUUAUUUAGUAAAAAAAUUAGAUUUUAUUUGAUUGAAUUUCACUAAUUUAAUAAAGUUUCUCGAAUUAUCUAAAACCUCAUGCAACGUCACGCUCCGGUAUUCACUGUUACCCUUAAAGUGUUGAAAUAAUAGUUUUUUACGUCCCCUUUAGUUCGUUGAUGAAUAUCUUUUUUGUGAUAAUUGCUGUAUUAUAUGCUUGUUUCUACUUUUUACAAGUAUGCACAUUGUAAUAAAAGUAUAU